AUGAGCCCCAGCACCUCGCGCCGGCGCCGGCGUGCCGACGAGGACGAGGAUGAAGAUGACAGCAGCACUGAAGGCCAUGCUUCGCCCUCUGGAGACGACAGUUCGAAGCGACGACGAGUAGACUCCGAUGACGACGAACAGCCACGGCGCAGCACCGGUCGCAUAGAUAAGGGCAAGGGAAAGGCCAGGGACAGUGGCAAGGAUAGCUUCCAACCGGGCGCCAUCGUCAGAGUCGCUGUAGAGAACUUUGUCACAUACGAAAAGGCCGUAUUUUUUCCUGGCCCGAAUCUCAACAUGGUCAUCGGGCCCAACGGCACUGGAAAGAGUUCUCUUGUCUGUGCCAUCUGCCUGGGGCUUGGAUACAGCCCCAAGCAUCUUGGCCGUGCGGGGACCGUCAAGGAGUUUGUCAAGCAUGGCAAGGACACGGCAAACGUCGAGAUCGAGCUUUACAAACGACCCCAAGACCGAUCCAACUUUGUCAUUCGUGUUCAGAUUCGCCGUGAACAAAAUAUCCAAAAAUGGUGGCUGAAUGGCAAGGAGACAACCCACAAGAAGAUACAAUCGUUAAUGCAUAUGCUCAAGAUCCAGGUGGACAACCUGUGCCAGUUUCUUCCGCAGGACAGAGUCGUUGAGUUUGCCGCCUGUACCCCAGUGGAACUGUUGCACGAAACUCUGCGCGCUGCAGCUCCCGAGGAAAUGCAACUAUGGCAUCGACAGCUUCAAGAACUUCAUAGGGACAAGAAAGAAGUGGCCGAGGCCGUGCAUGAGGACGCCGAAACCCUGAAGAAUCUACAAACCCGCCAACAAGGCUUACAAGCCGACGUGGAUAGGAUACGCGAACGAGAGGAAAUUCAGGAGCGAGUCAACAACCUCAAAGGCGCUCUUUUCAUUGCUCAAUAUCAAGAAGCACGCAAUAUCCACCUAGCGGCAAAGGAGCGUAAGAAGGAGGCUGAAAACAGGCUGAGGCAUCUUGAAAACGAGAGUGGACCAUCGUUAGAAGCAGUAAACCGGAAGCAAGUCUACGCCCAAGAAACCGAGGCGGCCAUUCCAUCGAGAACAAAGGCCGUUAGAGAAACCCAGGUGGCGGCGCAGAGUCUGGCGCAAGAGAUCAGUGCCGCAGUGGACGAUGUCAAGGAGUGGUCGAAUAAGAUAGGUGCCGAGCGCAAGGGGUUUGAUGAGAAAAAGAAAGAGGUUGCAGCAUCGAAGCUGAGGAUUACAACUCUACAGGCAGAGUUGAAAAAAAGGCCAUCUGACUUCAACGCAGGAGAAUGGAAUCAAAAGAUUCGAGCCGAGGAGCACAACCUACGCGAAGUUGAAGCAGACCAGCGUCGAUUAGCUGCCGAGACAGACGCAGUCAAAGAAAAGGGAAGGUUGAAGAUGGACGAACUGCGGAAACUAAAGGCAGACAUAGAGUCUCUCGACACACAAGCGGGCCAACAGCUAAGUUUUAUGCGGAAGCAUUUCCCGGAGCUGGUUACGGCUUGGGAUUGGGUUCAAGAGCACCAGGGUGAAUUUGAAAAGGAGGUUUUCGGUCCGCCCAUGCUAUGUUGCUCUGUUAGAGACGAGCGCUACUCCGACUCCGUCCAAGCCCUGCUUCAAAACGACGAUUUCCUCUGCUUCACAGCACAAACCAAAAACGAUUACAAGAAACUGACCAACCAGUUGUACCGCGAGAUGAGUUUAUCUGCUGUUAUCAGAACCUGUUUGCAGCCUCUCGCGGCUUUCAGGUCUCCUGUUAACAUCGAUGAGGCCCAAUCGCUUGGUCUGGAUGGGUUUGCCCUAAACUAUUUGGAUGGCCCUGAGCCUGUGCUUGCCAUGCUAUGUGCUGAAAAGAGGUUACAUCAGUCCGGCAUCUCGUUGAGAGACCACACUGAUGACGAGUAUGAAAAGCUCGUCCAUAACGGGAAAAUCAACCAAUGGGCAGCUGGGAAGCAGCAGUACAUGGUUCGUCGACGAAAAGAAUAUGGCGCCAAUGCCAUGACGACGGUUACCAAGAGGAUCCAGCCAGGAAAAUUCUGGACUUCUCAGCCCGUGGACUCACAAGAGAAGAUUGAGCUGAAUAGGCGACUAACUGAAGUCACCGGAGAAGCAGAAAUCAUGAAGGCGGAGUACAAGGAGUUGAGGCAAAAGAUCGGACCCUUUGAAGAACAAAAGGCCGACAUACAAGGCAAAAUUGAGCGCCAUAAAGAGGCAAACGAGCUGGCCAUGCGGGAAGCCAGAGAAAGAAUCGUCGACCUCGGCUUUGGAUGGGACAAAGCAGUAGUAGAAAGAGCCAAACUGGUUCUUCGCCAUCAGAAGGCCCUCGGCCAAAUUGCAAAGGCUCACGACGACCUCAUUGAAGCCAAGAUACGACUCAUCGAGGCCAAGUCCGACAUCGAGGGUCUCAAAGCCCGCAAUUCUAGUAUAAUGGAGAGGCUUGAACAGGAGAGGCUCAUUGUGCAGCAAGCUGCCGAAGAAGCCACCCAGACCAGAGACUUAGGUCGCGGACUAUUUGAAAAGGUUCGAGAGCUCAUCAGCGAGAACCCGGAAAAGAAGGAUUUGUACAGCUCCUUGGCUGAAAACAAGGCGCCAGCAGAGAUUGAGAUGGAUAUUUCUGCUGAGAAGGCCAAUCUCGAACUCAUCCACGCGGCCAACCCUAACGUUAUUCGGGAGUUUGAGAGGCGCGAACAGGAGAUUGCUAAACUUCAGAAGAAGAUGGAUACAUCAAGUAGUAAACUCGCCAAAGUGAGUGGACAACUGGACGAGUUGAUGGGCAAGUGGGAGCCUAAGCUGGACGCCUUGGUGUCCAAGAUCAAUGAUGCCUUUGCCUACAACUUUGAGCAGAUUAGCUGUGCUGGCGAGGUUCGCGUCCACAAGAACGAGGAUUUUGACCAGUGGGCCUUGGACAUUAUGGUCAGAUUUCGAGAAAACGAAUCUCUCCAGCAACUCAACGCCCAUCGCCAAUCCGGCGGCGAGCGCGCCGUGUCCACAAUCUUCUUCCUCAUGGCCCUCCAGUCCAUGGCCCAGUCCCCCUUCCGCGUCGUCGACGAAAUCAACCAGGGCAUGGACCCCCGCAACGAGCGCAUGGUCCAUGAGCGCAUGGUCGAAAUUGCCUGCCGCGAGCACACCAGCCAGUACUUCCUCAUCACGCCGAAGCUGCUCACGAACCUGCGGUACGAUCCCAAAAUGAGGGUGCUUUGCAUCGCGAGCGGGGAGCACAUGCCUGAGGAUGGGACGAAGCUUGAUUUUGCAAGGUGCUUGAGGAUCCAGAAGACGCUUAUGGCGGCGGCGGCGUAAAUAUGUGUGUUUACGCCGUUUCGUGUUCACUUUGGAUGGGGCUUUUUGGCAGGGCGUUUGGGGGGAUUUAUGUACUCAGAAUUUCUAUUAAAGGACAUAUGAAAUAGUUGAGUCACGGCAGCGUUGUAUAUACAUACAUGACAUACAUAAAAGGGGAAUUAGAACUCAUAUACCUUUAAAACAAAAGGUAGAUAAACAUGCAUAUUCGCG